AUGGGGAUUGGAACAUUAUUGCAUUCUAUACUGGAGGAUGCAAGCAGGUAUACAAAUAUUUUUUAUCAAACAAAUAUUUUCAAGUAUGCCAUGAAAAUGAAGCACAAAAAUAGUGGUGAAAUAAAAUUCAUUGUAAAAUGCCGGGGGUGCUGGGACAAGGUUGACUCUCCUCUUGACUUUGAACAAUUCAAGGUUAUUUUUCGAUCGUUUCUAAAUUUCAAGAAUAAUUUAGAAAAUGGUUGAAGCUUAUGGG